UUUCAAGGUCUUGUUACCGCAACAAACUAAUCUUUAUCUUCGUGUUUUAGGUCCAGUGGUAUCUCCCCCUGUCUUUCACUCUCUUCUUGAAUAAAUUGAAAUUUUGCAAGCAUGUCGGCGAUGGCAAAGGCACAGAAAGCCAAGGCUGAGGUUUUCAUCAAGGAGGCCGAGGCGUUGUUAUCGAAAAAGGGGUGGUUCUCGUCUUCGAAGGAACGAAAUGCAGAAGAGGCUGCUGAGACCUUCGAGAAGGCGGCAAACGCRUACAAGGUUGGUGGUCUCAACCAGGAAGCAGGAGACGCAUAUGUCAAAGCUGGCGAAAUCUACAGGGAUAAAUUAAGUAACUUCAACAAUGCAUCGAAGUCAUUCAACAACGCUGGUAAGAUAUAUUUGUUUCGCCCAAUAGCACACGACUGGCCAAGUSUAUACUUGGUGACCAAUUGCAAACUUUUCCGAAAAGCUGACAUCGUUUCAAUSCAUUUUUGCUCCUUUUUCGAUAGGGACAUGCUACAAAAGGAGCAAUCCCGCUGAUGCUGUAACUGCGUUUCAGCAAGCUGUCUCGUUGUACACAGACAACGCCCGAAUUAUGCAGGCAGCCAAAUUGAUGAAGGAAAUUGCAGAACUUUACGAAACCGAAGAAAUCGACGAAGAGGACAAAUCCCAUGUUGUGUUAGCCAUAGAAGCGUAUGAACAAGCGUCAGAGCUUUUCGCAAUGGAAGAUUCAAAAUCUUCUACGUCUCAAUGUCUCAGCAAGAUCGCUGAAUUGUGUAGCGCUGCUCUAGAUCCUCCCGAUUUUCGUCGCGCUAGCAAGAUGUAUGACGAUCUAGGACGACGGUGUCUUUCMAGUAAUUUGUUGAAAUUCAAUGCUAAGGGAUAUUUCUUACAGGCCGUUCUAUGUCAUUUGGCGAGUGGUGAUGAUGUUGGUGCAGAACAAGCUGUCGCCAAGUACGAAAGUUUGGACUACACGUUUGCGGACUCUCGCGAGGGGAAAUUUGCUCAAUCGUUGAUCGAAUCUGUUCAGGGCUUUGAUGUAGAAGAGUUUUCUAAUUCUUGCUACGAGUACGAUCGAAUCUCGAAGCUGAACCCCUGGCAAACUUCGAUACUCGUGAAGGUCAAGCGCAACAUUGAUGACGGCGGAGACGGUGGCGAUGACGACUCGGAUGUUGAUCUCACAUAAAAAGUCAACAUUAAUCGACUAGAAGGGGUGCGCGGAGGUUUCUCACGUACAACAAGAUAGGAAAUCAUUUUUCUUAUUAUUAUUUCUCGGAGAUAGAUACCUUGUUUAAAAAUGCUGUUCCUAUUUAUUCCAGUUUACUCGUUGUAAGGUUUUGAAUAUAUCACCCGGUCGUCAAAUUGUGUGUUUUGCUGUAGAUCUGGCGCUGCCUUGUAUUUCUGGAUUGCUUCUCGAAGUAUYCUUUUUUGAUCAUCUGGAGCAAACGCAGCGUCUACUGUAUCCUCCAAAACAUUAAAAACGUCGUUCAUUUCCCAGCCCAUUUUUUUCAUGGCGAYUCUCCACUGCCAUGUUAACGACGUGUUGAAAACAGCAGGAUCGUCCGAAUUCAGAGAAAACUUGACUCCAUUUUCUUUAAAAUUGACCAUUGGAUGGUCUGUCCACUGUGUCUUGGUCCAUGAACCGGUUUCCUGCGCAGCAAGUGGAACGGAAGAAGAGAAGUCAUCGAGUGGUUAAAAUGUACGUACAGUUGUUGUCAAAUCUGACAUCCUCUUUCGAACCGGGUUUCGAGUUCGAAUUAAUUCUAGGUUUCUGCGUAAACUUCAAUCAUGCACAUGCCUACAUCCUGGAACUUACCACACUUGAAGUCGGACAGCACUCAAAAUGAACAUUUUCUGAUUUUGCAAGGUCCAUGAUCUCAUAUUGCUUUGCUGCGCGGUAUCCAUGCCCGAUGCGUUUUGCUCCAUAAUGGAGAAUGGCAGCUCCAACAUUGAGUUCUGAUCCGGGAGUCUCACCAGCGUGCAGUGUGACUGACACGCCCAAUUCCGUAGCCUUGCGGCACAUAUCGAGAUGGGCAUCUCGAUACGGCGAAUUAGUUGCAAAGUGACUCUCACCCGCAGCAACAUCAACGCCCACUACUGCGCAGGGGAAAUCUUGUUGAAAUUCGUUUGCCAUGUCAAUCACCUCGGCCGACCACUCUGGUUGAAAAUCGAUUCCACAAAAGAUCUGGUUGACGAUGCAAAUUUCCUCGUCCGUUGAUAGUUUAUUGCAACCGAGCCUUAGCCCUUUUGUGAUGGCUUGAUGGGCCUUCCGAGGAUCGUCUGCCAAAAAGUGAGGUGAAUAUCUCACCUCGGUGUAUAUGAUAUUCUGCUCUUUCUGGCGUUUGACGAAAUCAAAUGCUAGACUCUCUAAUAGAUCGAAAUUAUUGUGGACAAGUGGCAAGAAAAAUUGAAAGCAAAGAAGCAUAUCCCCUAAGGUUCGGACAUUUUUAUUCGGUGAUGUCUUUCUCUCCUCGACUGGCCGCGUUUUUCUGUAUCGCCGCCUAGACGUGCACAAGUGAGUGAAAUCCAGGUCGGUCUUGCAACCAAGCACCUGCUCUCUCAGUUUAAACGGAGGUGCGUUUGGAUUCGUCUCCCAAGGAAGUUUUUGCUCUACAGGAAUACACUCAAUCAAAUGUG